AUGAGUGUUCUUGAAUACCCAGAUGCGAUUAACGCGCCGGAGCUUCAGGUCUGGAACAACGCCGCCUUCGACGACAACGAAGGUUCUGGAUUCUCCGCCGUCAAACCCUCCUGGUCUUUCGAGUCCGACUGCAGCAAGGAGAAUCUGAGCCCGGUUCCGAAGACCCCGACUUUCGCGGCGUCUAAUUCGGUGCCGUUCAAGCCGCUGAACGGUGCCUCGCGGCGGUUGUCGGUGGCGCCGAGGAAGAUGGGGUUUGAGGUUGAAGACUUGGGGAAGAUCGAUUCGGAGAUUGAGGAGAUCGAGAAGGAGAUAAGCCGAUUGAAUUCGAAGCUUGAGUUGCUGAAGCUCGAGAAGGCCCAGAAGGCGGCGGAGCGGCGCGGCAGAGUGGUGGCUGCGAAGUUCAUGGAGCCGCCGGCGGCGAAGCAGAGUGUGAAGAAUUCCGAUGGGUUGAGAAAGAUUGAGGAGUCUUUGAAUUUGAGCGCCAGGCCGAAGGUGAAUCGGAGAGGUAUGAGUUUGGGGCCGUCGGAGAUUAUCGCCGGAGCAGCGUUCCGGCGGCCGGGUAAGCUUGAGAUAACCCCUGGUCAGAAAAUACAGGACCGCCGGAAGUCUUGCUUCUGGAAGCUUCAGGACAUUGAUGAACUGAGGGUUACUAAAGAGAGGGGGAAGAGCAGUAGUCUUAGCCCGAAAUCGAGGAAAACUGCGUCGAAAACCGGGGUUUCGAAACAGGCUGCAACUACAAUUGGGGGUUCUAAGAGGCCGGUGAAGAUGGUAGACAAGGUUCUUGCUUCAAUUGAGCCCAAGAAGCUUUUUAAAGAAGGGGAGAAGUCUGUGCCUAAUAAGAAAUCAGUCAAGGCUGGGAGGGUUGUGGCAAGCAGGUACAAUCAGAUUGGGAGCUCUUCAGUUGCGGCGGCAGAUGGUAGGAAAAGGUCUUUGCCGGAUGAUGAUAAGGAAGAUGGGAACCGGUGUGAGAAGAAGCGCGUGUCAUUGGUGGGGAAGCCGCGUGGCAUUGGGAGGGAGGGAUCUAGGAGCGUUGGAGCAGAGAGUAGGAUGAAGAAGAGGUGGGAGAUUCCUAGUGAGGUGGUGGUGUUCCAGGGUGUGGAGGAGGAUGGUGUUGCUGCAAUUGAUGUUCUGCCGAAGAUUAGGACUGUUAGAUGUGUUAAUGACACGCCAAGGGGGUCAGGGCCGGCGAAAAGGGCGGCUGAAUUGGUUGGGAUGAAGAAGUAUUUUAGCAACAGUGAUGAGUUCUGCCAGGAGUUGAGUUUUGCAGAAGAGGAGGAUGGUGAGGAAGAAUGAGUUGGAUCAUGGAGGAUUUGGUAAGUACCAAACCCCCUGCAUUUCAUAUUGGUAAUUUUGGUUAUGAAAUUUUAGUAUUGAGGAGCCAUAAUUCUUGUUAUGGAGUAAGCACGCUUAUUUGUGUCUGUUGAUGG